AUGGUGCAAGAAGGGCAACCUCAAGGUAGAGAGAAAGCAGUAUGGUGGUUCCAAGUGAGGCUCUGGUCUGUUGCUGUGAUUUCCAUAGCACUCCUUGGGGUUUGUUUCAUUGUGAGCUGUGUGGUGACUUAUUUUACAUAUGACAAAACCGGCAAAAAACUGUCUGAACUACAUACAUAUUAUUCAAGUCUAACCUGCUUCAGUGAAGGGACAAGGGUGACAGCCUGGGGAUGUUGUCCAAGUACUUGGAAGUCAUUUGGUUCCAGCUGCUACCUCAUUUCCACUGAACAAAAUUUUUGGACCAAGAGUGAGCAGAACUGUGUUGGGAUGGGGGCUCAUUUGGUGGUGAUCAACACAGAAGCAGAGCAGAAUUUCAUUGUCCAGCAGCUGAAUGAAUCACUUUCUUAUUUUCUGGGACUCUCAGAUCCACAAGGGACUGGCAAUUGGCAAUAGAUUGAUAAGACACCUUACAUGGAAAAUGUCAGAUUAUGGCAUCAGAAUGAGCCCAAUUUUUCUGCAGAGGAAUGUGCUUCAAUAGUUUUCUGGAAUCAUAGAGGAUGGGGCUGGAAUGAUGUUUUCUGUGAUUCUAAUAGGAAUUCAAUAUGUGAGAUGAAGAAGAUUUACCUAUGA